AUGGACCGGUCUCCACCCUAUCAUGUUUUUAUUAAUCACAGAGGACCUGAUGUCAAGAAAACACUUGCCAGCCAUAUCUAUUAUGCUCUCGAAACGCAUGGAUUGAGGGUAUUUUUCGAUAAACAGGAAUUGCAAGUGGGGGAUUUCUUAACCCCUGCAAUUCAAUCUGCCAUUCUUAGUGCCUCCGUUCAGAUCGCCAUUUUCUCCAAAACAUAUGCGCAAUCCCCGUGGUGUUUGGACGAGCUGUACAGAAGGAAAGGCAGGGCUACAGAUGAACGAGUGGAAAGCUGGAUAAAAGCCCUCAAAAAAGUUUCUGCUAUUUCUGGCAUCGAAUUCAGGACAGAGAUAGACGACCAUGGAGAGCGAUUGAAAGAAAUAGUAGAGACCGUAUUAGAAAUGAUGGGAAGGGAACAACUGCAUGUGUGUGAGUACCCUGUGGGACUUCGCCAAGCGGCAGAGCAUUUUGAAAACGUGAUUCUGAGUCGAAGUGAAUCAAAGAGCACCCACAUUGUCGGGAUUGUGGGGCUAGGCGGAUCGGGAAAGUCAACUCUGGCUACUCAUCUCUACAACUCCAUGUGUCCCCAAUUCCAGAGAUGUUGUUUCUUGUCUGAUGUGAGUAAAGAGAAAAUACCAUGUCUGCAGCAAACACUCCUCAGGAAUCUGCUGCGUGAUAAGAAUUUGCGUAUUGAGAAUUCGCGUAGAGGUAAGGCCUUGCUUCAAGAUCGUCUGCGAGGGUUGACACGCGUUUUGAUUGUUUUUGAUGAUAUAGAUAAUACAGAGCAAAUAGACAAUCUGUUAUGUGUAAAGGAUGUGGUGGGAAAUGGCAGUCUGAUUUUGGUGACAUCUAGAGACCAAACUUUAUUUGUCAGUUCUAAAAUAGAAAUAUACAAUGUCAAAUUACUAGUUGAGAAACAAGCCCAAGAGCUAUUCUGCUGGUAUGCCUUCGUCAAUACCAAACCAGCCGACGAUUUGAAAGAUAUGGUGGAAGAGUUGGUUAGAAUGUGUGGUGGUUUUCCUUUGGCUUUGAAAAUUUUAGCUGGGCAGCUCCACAAUGAACGUGACCCAAGAAAGUGGAAGCAGCAGUUGGAAAGCCUCCGUAAACAACUGCCGAAAGACGUAUUACGAGGGAUAGUAAUGGAUAGCUAUGAAUCCCUCGACAUUAAAGAGAAAGAGGCCUUUUUAGAAGUUGCCCAUUUCCUAAUGGGAGAAGACAGAGAUCUGGUGGAGAGAGUUUUGGAUGGAUUUAAUGAUAACGGUUUUCAAUGCCUUCAGACGCUCCGUCAGAAAUGCCUUGUGGAAUUUGAGCUUGCAGAUAUAAUUCGUUCAAGAGCGUUACAGGUUGAAAGCGUGGAUUGGAGUGUAGGUAUUUGGAGAAGAGCAAAGGGGAGCUUCAAAAUAAGAAUGCACGAUUUGGUGAGGGACUUGGCAAGACAAAUCGGCAGACAGCAGUUACCUCUUCGCCUUUGUUGUUCAAACGAUAAAAUGAUCUCCACACGGCCUAGCGUAGUUUUCAAUCAAGCUGGAACGAAAGACUGCUGUGUAUCGAAACAGUUCAGUAAUAAAAAACAGAGGAUUCUGCAAUCGUUGAAAUCCAUGAAUGAUCAAUUUAUUUUUCUCUGUAAAGGCUGGUUUCAGAAACUACUUUUGAAAUCAGAGCAGGACGGGGCGGAUGAAGAACAAAAAUGUUUUCUGAAAGAAAUUGAAUACAAACGUGGGAAUGUUCGCAUUGUUUAG